GGAGAGCGCGAGAGCGAGCGAGUCGUUCCGCGAGGCGCAGCGGACGCGCACACCACACACUCGGCGUCCGCGGACACGGCGAGGUUGCGCCCUGCGCCGUCUCUCGGUGUUGCGAGUGGUCGCUCCCGUUGCCGCCGUCGGCCAGCGUCGGCAUAGCGCGCGCGCGCGCGCGCGCCCGCCCCCGGGCCCAGGAUGCCGUUCAUAUCCAAGGACUGGCGCAGCCCGGGCGAGGAAUGGGUGAAGACGGUCGAGGGCUGGGAAAAGAAGAAGAUCCUCGAGUGCGCCAACAACAAAACCCUCUCGCUUCUCCUACGCGGCGAAAAGGAUGCCGGCGAUAAGAAGGAGAAGGACAAGAAGAAAGAAAACGCCGUCCAACCACAUUGUCACAUCACGCUGAAGUGUACACGCGAGAUCGCCGGCUUCAAUGGUCUGAGUGACGCCCUGAAGAGGCUGGAUUUCCUGUCCGCGGUACACGACUGCCGUCGAUUCAAUUAUAUAGUCCGUCUCCUGGAUCUCCUGGUCAGUCACAGGAUGGGCGGUCUUAGCGGAUGCGCCCAGAGAGUGCUCUUCAACAUGCUCGAGGAAGUCGCUCUGGAAGUAUCGCUGUCGCAACAACAGACAGGAAGGCUGCGGCGUCUUAUAGAGAGAGUUCGAGCCUUCAGCGCUGGCUGCUGCUGGGGCGGUAGACCCUUGGGCUCCGUUAUCUUAUGGGAGAAGCAUAAAGCGGCUCUGGAGAGAAUCUUGCAGAUUGCCUCAUCCAUCACUAUCACCCAGCCGGACGAGGAGCAGCAACCCCAGUGGUCGGAUCUGCCGCCUGAGUGCCGUCGAGAGGUCCUCCUACGCUUGAGCGAUCCUCGAGACAUCGAAGCCUCGUCCGAGGCGUGCGAGCACCUCGCCAUUCUGGCGCAGGAACAGCGAAUCUGGCGCGAGCUCGCCCAGUAUCACUUCACGCCGCAGCAAAUCGCCACCACCAGACAAAAUAAUCCUGGGAAAGACUGGAAAACCAUAUUCACUAUCGCUCGAAGGUCGUUCGGAUUACGGGAGGAGUACGCCGAGAUGAUACAGUUGUGCCGCAAUUGCCGUUGCUUGUUUUGGCGAUCGCUGGGCCACCCUUGCAUCGCGGAUCAGGACCCAGCGUUUCAAGAGAAACUGGCGGACGUCGACCAGGCGUCCCUCCACGUGCCGAUCCCUCCGCAAACCUUCCUGAAAUUUUUCUCGCUGUGAAAGCUUUCGCGAUGCGAUUAUAUUGAGAAAGCGCGUAUAAGAAUGAGUGGCGUGUAUGUGUGUGUGUGCGCGCGCGCGUGCGUGCGGAAAAGCGGCGACGUAACUGCCGCUGUGAAUGAUUGUGGCCGAAGAGACGAGUGCAAUACGUGUGGGAGAAGAUAAUAGAAUGACGUUUAAAAAUGUU